UGAGAAUUUUCCUAUAUUUUUUUUUUUUAUGAAAUUGAAUAAAUAUUAUUUGUGGGUAUAUAUAUAAAGAGACUCAAAGCUUCUAAUAUGUUUGGUUCUUGAGCCCAGUCAUUACACUGGGGUCGAGAGAGAACUAAGCUAUGGCUCUCAUUUUCCCGAGAAAUCUGAAUCGCGGAAACCAAGCAUAGAUGUUUCCGUUCUCUUCAAAGUUUUCUUCCCAUGUUUAACGAUUCUUAAUUUCAAUUUUCUAGGGAUUGAUUUUUAUUAUUUAUUUCUAUAUACAUUUGAUUAAUUAAUUAACUGAGAAAUAUUUAAAAUGGAAGGUGGAAGAAGAGGUAGUACUAAUAACAGGGCUGAGUGUGGUGGUGGUGGUCGCCCAAGAACUACUCUCUUCGAUCAGAUGUCAGCAGUAGCGGACGGCCGAGAUUUAACAGGCUUAACUCUAGACGACAUCUUAACCGCUGAAAAACGAGCCCUACAUUCCUCAUCACCGCGUCAGCCUCACGCGCCACCACCUAUUCCCGGUCCCGUGGUUCGGACUCUCUUAGAUAUUAUCAGAGACGAAGAUCCUAAAUCCGGUUCUUGUAAGGAAUUCGCUGCUUCUAGAGAUAAGAAAUCCUGGAAAUCUUUCAAGGAUCGACUCCGAUUAAAGCGUUCCGGCUCCGGUGCCGCCUGGACUUCCUCUGUUCAUACUCCGACUUCUGAUAUUCUCAUACCUAAUUCGCGAUCGCAAGUUUUUCGCCACAACUCGGCUAGAGAACGAAGCCUUGUCGACUCAGUUACCGACAUGACUCAACUCGACGAGUCGUCUCCCGAUAACGGCGGCGGUAGUCGAUUCAACAGACCGCAGAUUUCGCGCCGAAGCUCGACUCGUUUCGGAGCCGCCGCCAUGUACGACUGUUCUCCGAACGAGGAAGAGAAUGAAGAACCAAAUGUUCCGAGUCUCCGGCACCAAAUUUCCCGGCGCCACUCCACGCGUUACUCUCUGGCAAUGUCGGAGGAGAAUAAUAACAGCAACAGUCCUGUAGCCGAUCUAACUGAGCCGGCGGCGCCGAUGCGCGAAGGUUCGCGGCGACUCUCGGUGAUUUUGGCGGAGGAGCGAUCGCUUUCUGCGAGAGAAGCAGUGGCGGCUCAAGAAGCGGCUGAGGCUGAAGCCGCCGCUGCGGCAGCUGAUGAGGCGGAAACAACCGGUACGGUUGAAGAAGAAGCGGCGCCGGAGACGGAUUCCGGUCAGCCAGCGAGAAUGUCGUUGAUGGACCUAUUGGAAGAAACAGACCGUCAGAUGGGAUUUGUGGGAUCGAGAUACAUGAUUGGAGAUGAGGAUGAAGAUGAGAAUGGAUUGGAAGAAGAAGAAGAGGAUGAUGAAGAAGAAGAAGAAGAAUCCGCCGGCGGUGGAGGUGGUGGAACAGGAGGAGUUGAGAAGAAUUGCUGCGUGUGCAUGGUAAGGCAUAAGGGCGCGGCUUUUAUCCCCUGCGGUCAUACUUUCUGUAGACUCUGUUCUAGGGAGCUUUGGGUUAGUAGAGGGAAUUGUCCUCUUUGCAAUGGUUUCAUUUUGGAAAUUCUUGAUAUUUUCUGAUAAUUAAUCCAAAAUAAUUUGUGGGUUUUAAUUUUUUUUUUUUUAUUAAACAUUUUUGUAAUUUUAUUUUGGGGGGUUGGAAUUUAAUCUAUUCAUUCUUUAGAGUAUAUAUUAUAAAAGAUUGUAAUAGGUUGAAUUUUCAACUUGCAAUGUAUUUCACAAGCAUUAUCAAUGCCAAAAUUUCUUUCUUCUUU